UCAUCGCUGUUCUUCGCGCGAGCUCCACGCAGACGCGCGCGCUGACUGUUUGGACCGUUGCGGGAGUCAAACACGAACCGUCUUUACUAAACUGAGGAUUUCCCCAUUUAACCUAAAAUAUCUGCUUGUAUGAGCCUGGACAUUACGUACUAACGAAAUAACUGCACAUGGGCUGCGGGUAUUGCAGGUUUCUGCGUUUAUAACUCGUGUUCUUUGCCUAGAAGUAGACGUCGUGGUUUCUGAGAUUAACAGACCCACAAAAUGGCAACAGACGAGCUGUCAAUGAAGCUGAACCGCCGGCUGAAGAUCGAAGAGGGUGGUCAGGAUCCUGUAGCCUUGGAUGAAGCUCACGAAAACGGGGCUCAUGACAAGUCGUCCACGGCGAGCGCCGACUCGGAACUGGAGGCGAAGCUGAUGCGUCGCGGCGAGCUGAACGAAGGGGUGGGAGAGCACCAGCAGCCCAGCAUGAAGGUGUUCAACCCCUACACCGAGUUCAAGGAGUUCUCCAGAAAACAGAUCAAAGACAUGGAGAAAAUGUUCAAACAGUAUGACUCUGAGAAGGACAACUUUAUUGACCUGAUGGAGCUGAAGCUGAUGAUGGAGAAACUAGGGGCUCCACAGACUCACCUGGGCCUGAAGAACAUGAUCAAAGAGGUGGAUGAGGACUUGGAUGGCAAACUCAGCUUCAGGGAGUUCCUCUUGAUCUUCAGGAAGGCGGCAGCAGGGGAGCUGGCUGAGGACAGUGGGCUGCAUGUCUUGGCACGUCUCUCUGAAAUUGACGUGUCCACUGAGGGAGUGAAAGGAGCGAAGACCUUUUUUGAAGCCAAAGUCCAGGCCAUUAAUGAAUCAAACCGUUUUGAAGCGGAGAUCCGUCACGAGCAGGAGGAGAAGAAAAAGCAAGCAGAAGAGAAGAAACAGAGACAAGCGGCAUUCAAAGAGCUGCAGUCAGCCUUCAAAUGACCAUCUUCGCUAGAAGAGCCCAGCCUAAAUCACCCCCCUCCUCACCCUUACUGUCUGUCUGCCUGACUGUGUUUUGUUUAUCAGAGCGCCCUUAGCAGAGAUACUAUGCAAGGCUUUUAGAGGUGUCUGUUCACUUCCUGUGAGAGGGGUCAAUGCAUAGUUAAAGACUGUAAGUAACGUACAGAUGCUCUUCUCUUAUGGAUGUUGAACUGGCAGCCCUCUGAAGCACUUAUCUGUCUACAUUGGACUGGAUGCAUCACUGAAUAUUUGUUCUCUUUUCUGAUAUUUUAGCACACACAUCUGCAUAUGUGAGAGCUUUUUCACGUCACUUGGGUCCUGUUCUUAAUGUUGUUAAAGUGCACCAGGGUGUAUACAUCUUAAAGGAAGUUUGAACUUGUUUUACAUUUUUAACAGUUUUUAAAAUGCAAAUUGUUGAAUGAUAUCGCUGCAUCCAGUCCAUUGUAUUCUUAUUGUGCGCUGCAUCUAAUGGUAUACUUUGUUUGCAUCAAAGGCUAAGCUCCAUGGUGUCCUUGCUAACGACCUAGCACAGCAAAGCCUUUACACUGUGGUUUGGAGUGAGUGCAUGUGUGAUGGAGCUGGUUGUGGUGGGUGUUUUUGUUUUUGCAUGGUCACUGUGAUGUCUUGACAAUCUUCCCCCUUUGAAUGGAUCUCUGUAAUGUCAGGUAGUGUUGCUUCCUGCCCCUGCUGCUGAGUGUGACACUUCUCUCUGUCUGUCUUUUGCUUAAAUACAUGCAGAAAGAAAACGUAGUCAUAGUAUAGUAUUGUCAUAGUAUUGUCCGUUAUUGAUACGGCCUGUCACAAUCAUGACAUUUUAGCUGAUGAGUAAUUACCAUAGAAAUAAUUCCAAUAAACAGUUUUUGUCUUCACUGUGUGCAACUACUAGUACAAUCCUAAUGGUGCCAGUAGGCUGGUUAGUAGGGGUGCAAAAUUAUAUCAAAAUCAUGUCUAUCAGCAGAUAUUUGCUUUGAAAAGAAGUAUCGGCAUUGGACAAUGUUUAGAUUUGACCGGUAUUUUAAAAUCACUUGUGUAUUAUACUCUGAAAGGAUAGAAUAUUUAGUCAAUACUGGGCCACAGCACUGAAAUAGCUGCAUUUUAUUAAUUUUACUGCAUUUAUAGCCCAUUAAAAAUGUUAUGUUUCUCUGUAGUGCUAUUUCAGAUAGCGUAGCCCCAUGUUCUACAUUUUAUAAAUAUUUAUGUAUCCGCAUUGACAAGUAUGUACAUUGAAGAUAUUCGGUAUUAGUAUCAGCCCAAAAUUAUUAUAUCAGGUGCAUCCCUACUGAUUUGCCAUCUUGCUUCUUAGCCGUCAAGCCCCCACCUGACAGAGACAGGUGCAGCAUUACUCGCCAAUCAGAAGAUUUUUGUUGUUCGUGUAAGACAUGCCAUGUCUUGAUAAAUGCGUUUUCUGAUUUCUUUCAUAUACAUGCCUUUGCCUCAACCCAACUGAUAAAAGCGCACCCAGUUCAUAUUCUGUUAUUGUUGUAAACAUAGGCUUGUGAAAGCUAACAACGGUGGGGAAACAAGCUCAGGUUUAUAGCUUUAAACUAUAAUCAUUAUGAUCAGCUCAAAUUAUUAUGCAAUAAUUGUGACAGGCCUACCUGCGUUCAUUUUUAUUGCUGUGCAAUUGUUCUACCACCCAGUCGUUUUGUGAUUUGCAGAGACCAAGAUGUUUUUUUUACAUAUAUUUCCAUGUUAAACCAAUGCACUUUGCUAAUAACAUCAGGCACUCGCUUUUCAUCCAUGUUCUAAUCUAGCUGUUCUACUGGGAAAGCGUACUCAGGCCAUAAGUCUAGAAGACUAUGCUAUUAUGCUGCUGGCCAUCUAUGCUAAGUGCUUCCCUAUUCAUAUGUUUGUGUGUGUUGUGUGUAUGUUUGUGUCUCUAAACAGUAACUGUGAGAUGCUGAUUGGGUGGGUGGGAUUUAAGAGAGAUGGGCAUGAUUUGGGGCUCUAAAAUCCAUCUCCUCAGUUCAACUGCAUGAGCUCUUUAGUGUCAGCUGCCAGUGGAAAUAUUCUUGGUGCUUCUUGUAAUGUGUUGUGGCUAAAUGAAAUCAGGUGCUGGCAUGAUAAUAUCAGUCUGCUCACCUCUCAGCAGAGCCCUUUAGACUAUUAUUUGCACACUGUACUACUGUGGCAAGGUGAAGGUAAAUGUUUUAUUUUUAGUUGCCUUCUAAAGAACAUCAGAAAGAAAUGGCUUGCUUUUUUUAAUGAGCAGAGACGAAAUAUGCAUGCAGGGCAACUUCAAACUUGAGUUAGUUGUAUGAAAUUUUAAUUCAAAUAAUAAAGUUUAGUUUAAUAUGGUAAAACGGGGAUCUCCUCACAAAUUAAGUUGAGUUUUUGAAUUAGUGCUUUUAAUAUUUGAAUUGAAUUUCAGUAGUUAGUCAAAAAGACAAACUCACGCAGCACACAACAGCACAGGUAACUAAGAAAUGUAUAAAGAAUAGAAUAUUUUUUCAUGAAAUAAACCUAAGAUGCUUUUAGUUUUGUAUGGUGAGUCUUGUGAAAACAAGCUUAUUUUCUUGAAAUGGGUGUCGUCCACAAGUUUCCCUGUAGGACAAUGGCUGUGGAUGUCAACUGUUCCUCAUAUUCAGAGUUGUAUUCUGUGAUUAAAUACUAGUGUUUCCUUUGUUUGUUUGUUUUUAUUUUGAAAACAAUGUUGUGGACUGUUGCUAUGCAUCGUGUUGUAUUCAUAAAAUGUGUAGUACAAUAUAUUCACUGGCAACUUGUCUGAUUGUUUUGUGAAAAUGCAAACAAUAGAUGCAUGAAUCUGUUUCACAGUCCUGAUAUUUCACUUUGUCUGUUUCCUUGUUAUAUUUUUCCUCUCUCUGUAACCAGAUUAAAUGUGCAGUGGAUAUUGAGAGAUGAAUGUUGGAGUGCAUACAGUGGCAAAUGCCAAAAUAAUGGAAACACUUGAGUAAAUGAGGGAUACAGAUGACAUUGAGGCAGGUGAAAAAUAAGGUGAGCCACAUGUAGUACAAUUCAAUCCAACUGGAGAUGAUGUUUACCAACAGCCGUGAAACCAAUAAUUAAUUUUAUGAGAUGUUCCGUGAUUUGGUUGUUCAUAGGAUAAUGGAAAACCCUGUUUCAGUGAUUAUGCUGGAUUCCACCAUGAUUGUCCCAAGUUGUGUUCAUCUGAAAAAGAUCCCAUCCAAACAGAGCUGCUUUAGGUUUUUACAUUAGAAUUCCUCAUUUAUUUAUGUGUUAUCAUUUCAGAGGCACUUGCCAAAAAAUCAGUGAUUGGUGGAUAGAGGACCAAUGCUUUCUAAUUACACCGGUCAGUUUUCCAACCCCAUCUUCUGUGCAGGGAGCCUAAAUUCUGUAUUGUUGCUUGAUGUGGUUCUGAUUUUGUUGUCUUUUCAUAGUUGGUUUACAACACUGUGCCAAAUGCUUUAGCAAAGUUCAGUUCCUUUUCCAUAAAACGUCAUUUAGUCAUUUAUGAUCUUAAGUCAUUUAUUAUCUAAGAGCAGGAAGAACACAAAGUGCAUUGCAUGUGGCUCCCAUCACUGGGAUCGUGAACCACAUAUCAGUUCAUUCUAGUUCUGCAGGUGGCUCUUGAAGCAGGUUAACAUGGACUGACUGGGUUCACAGUGCACUGUUUAGGGAACCUCUAGACUCCAUGCUAACAAAACUUAAUUGGAUGCCCUCAAAUGAUAAUGUUCUUGAGCUCUUAAUAAAUUCUGAAAAAUGCACAAACUUAAAAUUGGUGCUUUGUGCAAUGUAACAUUAUGCAAUUGACAGAGAUGGAUGAAUCCAGAACUGUAAGGUAGUAGGGAACAUGUCAAGCAAAAUUAAAAAUCAGUGAUUUAAAUUUUUUUUUUUCAUUUUUCCCACGCAUGCAAUUUAUUCCUUGGAAUAAAAGGGUUUCAGUGGCCUUGUGCCAUCUUUAGCUGUAUCUUCUCAUCAUUGUCUGUCAUUGGUGUUGGUUUCAUCCUUGUGUAGGCUUAUGAUUAUUACAGUGGCUAAAAUAUGUAGUUAUUUUUUGUAUAAUUCUUAUGGCAAUAAAACAUUUAACAUUG